AUGUCGACUAGAAACUAUGCAGAGGUGCGGGAAUGGCUUCGAGAUGCCAGAAAUAAGACAUUUUGGAAUGAGGAUUUAUUGACUGUGAAGAGAUCGAAAUUUGGAGGACUGGGAGUGUUUGCCAGACGAGAUAUCGAAGUAGAUCUACAGGAUGAAAAGUCGAAUUUGUUACUACGAAUCAGUAAGGAAGCCAUAUUAAGUGGUGCGAACUCAUGUAUUUCGAAUCUACUAUAUGAUUCGCAUAUUGAUGGAAUUUUAGCGUUGGUAUUAGCUCUUCUAUAUGAGAAAGCUGAAGGUAAGAAUUCUCCUUGGUUUGAGUACAUAAAUUCCUUUGAAUUCCAGGACUCUACAAGCCAUAAGUUGAUAUUUGCUCCGGCAUUAUGGGAAGAUGAAGAACGAAUGCUUCUUGAAGGGACAGAUGCAGAAUUGAUGGGUAUUGUGGAUCCACAAGACAUCAAAGAUGAUUAUAAUAUCUGCCUGCAAUUUGCCAAAGACAAUUCAUCUGUUAUGAAGGCUCCGUAUGAACUAUCUCCUGACUCGGAGAAGUCCAAAUGGGAAAAUAGAAAGCUGUUUCAGCACUUUGCAGCAGCGUGUUUUGCUGUCUCUUCCAGAGCAUUCAUUAUAGACAACUACCAUCAGUUAGCAUUGGUUCCAGGUGCAGAUUUGUUUAAUCAUGGAGCUCAAAAUGGGGAAGAUGUUCAUUUUGUGGCUAUUGGUCAGGUUUGUCCGUUCUGUGGAAGGAGUGAUGAAUGUGGGCACGAUGAGUAUGGGCCUCCAGAUAGUGAAGAGGAGGAGUACGAGUAUGAGAAGGAGGAAGAGGAGGAGGCAAAGGCUGUUGACGACGAUGUUGAUGACGAUGUUGAUGACGAUGUAGACGACGUCACAUCAAUCACUAUGGAUCUGAUUAAUCAACUAGAACAGGAAUUGGAACAGCAGAAGAAAGAAGAAGCUGAAGCUGAAGCCGAAUCCUCAGAAGAGCAUUUUGAUGUAGAUUCAGAACUAACUCCGGAUGAAGUUCGACUUAAUCCUGAUCAAUGUUGUGAUAUAGUAAUACAGAGGAAGGUGAAAAAAGGUCAAGAACUCAUGAAUACCUACGGAGACUUAAGUAAUUCUCUAUUACUAGCCAAAUAUGGAUUCACUAUGGACAAGAAUCCGAACGAUAUUGCUUGUUUAGGAAGACAGAUCAUUGCAUACAGAGAUUCUGUUGGAGAGAAAGCAAAUGAGAGGCUUGAAUGGUGGUCCAAGGUUGGCUAUGAUAGGUUGAAGGAGGAGGAAGACGAGGAUGACAGUGAUGAACAAAUGGACAUUUCUGAAGAAGAUUCCAUCGAUGAUAGCUGGUUAUUAGCCAUUAAUAUUGGAUAUCCAGGAGUCUCCUCUACUGAAUGUAGAUGUGUUACUAAGCUAUUAAGUAUGACAGAUGAAGAUUUUUGCAAGCUACAGAAUGACGAGGAAGAAUUUUGCAAGUUCUACAGAUCUGAAAUGGAUACUGGAUCCAAAAGGAUACUUAAUGAGCUAUGCCAGGCUAGACUUAGGUGUCUACCAGGUUUAAGGUCAAAAGUCUAUGAGAAGUUUAGAAAAGGUAGAGUUGAAGGAAGGAAGCUUGCAAUAUGUAGGUUAUUGAGGUCUGAAGAAGAAAUCUUACUGCACGAGAUUGCAAAGGAGUUAUCUGAGUUUACUUGA